GAACGGAAACAGAAUUCAUUCAUGGUUGAAAAGUCACAGAAAUUGUCCCUGUUCUUCUCGACACUGGAUACUAAUAUCAAAAAGAGAGGUCCGAAGAUCUACCAGCCUUUCAUAAACCAGAAGAUUAAAAUGUCUAAUACUAAUAGUCGGCUGUGAAGAAGAGAGAGAAGCUUGGAGCUUACCAGCAAUGGUAACUGAGGAUCACCUUCUCUUCAAUAUAAAACAAGAAGGAUUCUGAAGUUACCCAAGAUCGAAAAGAAUGAAAUCGAUUGCUUUCUUACAGGAAAUGAGGCCCCUGGUUGGAAGCAUAAGCACUCUUUCAGCUUAAAUUCCUGCUUGAUCAAUCCAAUCCAGACAAACAGGAGAGAAGAAAACCUCACAACUACGGUUUGUGAGCCCAAGAAUGAAGGAAUGGCUAGCCCUAAGAAGUUCGCACUAGGAGCUACUCUAACUCAGGACCCCCAAGCUAGAGAGCUGAAAGUUCAGAGACAGAUGAAGUCAGAAGACCGUAAGAGGAAGUUCAAGAAAAACCUUCUUAACCUCCAGUCCCGGAUGAACAACUUGGAUAAUAUCAGAGAUAGCCCUGCAGGCUUUAACCAUUUGUAUUCACUCGAUACUACCAAUGCAUCGACAGCUGAGUCAGUCAAGAUUCCAGAGUUUACACUUGAAAACAAACGUAAGAGGGACUUCCUACGUGAAUCUUUCAACUCAGAUAAUUCUCAUGGGAAGAAUUCCCAUCGGAUUUGCUCUAGUGAGUUGCAAACUUCCGACAUAGAAAGCCCAAGAGUUGGCCAAAGGCCAGCUCGUAAGAAAUCCAAGUUGAUCUUUUAUCAUCCAACUGCUAAUCCAGAAUACCGAAAUUUUGACAAAUCUGGGCAUUCCUUCAGCUAUAAGAAGAAGAGUUCAAGUUCUUUAGAGAAGAAGCAUGACAUUUGCAAAGAUUCUGGGAUCUCUGCAGAUUUUAAAAAUUCCUUUAAAAAGAUGUUUAUCCAGUCUUAUCCUAAGCGCAAGUUCUGCCGCCCUCAGCAGCCUUUGGCUGCUGGGACGACUCAAGACUUUACAGGGGUGCCUAGGACAAAGCAAGAUCAGGAGAAAAAGCUUUUUAAUAUUUCAGAAAUAUUCACUUGCCCAAGAAAAACAGCUUAUUUCGGUUCUAGCGAAUAA